AUGACGGCAUACGUCGCAAUCUGGCACGAAAGCAGACUAAAGACAUCUAUCUAUCUAACUAUCGAUCUAUCUCUCUAUAAGUCUGUUCCAAUCUAUCAAUCUGUUUCUAUCUAUCUAUCUAUCUAUCUAUCUAUCUAUCUAUGUCUGUUCUGUUCUCUCUCUCUCUCUCUCUCUCUCUCUCUCUCUAUCUAUCUAUCUAUCUAUAUUUAUUUAUUUCUAUCUAUUUUCCCAGUCUAUUCAUAUCUAUCGAACUCUAUCACCUUAUCAUUCCCUAUAAUUGCAAAAGUGAUUUUUAGAACGACCUUGUUUAACUACGACUAUACUCACUCCCUCCUUUUUCAUUCGUUCGUUCUUUCGUUUUCUGUCUUUUUUUUUCUCUUCUUCUUUUUCCUUCCUUUCUCGUUUUCUUACUCUCACUUAUUAUUAUACUAUCUCUUCUUUCUCUGUCUCUCUCUUUCUCUCUCGCCCAUAAAAGCAAAGACUUCCUCCUUUUCUCUUCCUCUCUCUCUUUCUUCCUCACUCAUUCUGAUCUCUCUCUCUCUCUCUCUCUCUCUCUCUCUCUCUCAGCAGAGAUUUCCUACUUUGUUUCUGUUCUGUUUCUACUUUCCUUUUCUUUUUCUCCCCCCCCACUUCCUUUUCUUUUUACCUACUAGUCUCUUUUCUUCAAUCCGUUCAUAUCUCUCAUUCUCCUCUUUAAUCUAUUUGCCUCUCUCUCUCUCUCUCUCUCUCUCUCAAUUCAUCGAAGGAAAUGCACGAAUACUUACAUUACUUAGACACAGGACAUAA